CCUCCCCCGGCCCCUCCUCCCGGAGGUGUCGGCGGACCGGGACUCCCACCGUUCUCCACCGCUGCCUUCCCGCCCUCGGACGCGCAGCGGAGACCAGCCCGGUGGGCGGAGGCGGGGGGGUCGGCCCGAAGGUGCCCCCAAAAACGCAUCCCCGCCCCGGGAGCAGAGGAGGCGUCUCGGCGGCGGCUAUCCCGGCUACCAGCCCUUCUGGGAAGCUGGCCGCGAAAUCCGGUUGCCGGCCGAGGAGGGUCCGGUACGUCCGUGGUAAGGGGCGCCCAGAGAGCGGCGAGGGACCAUGCAGCCCGCUAGCCGCCGGUGGCCCGUUUGCUGGCUAGUGAUCGCCUGCGCAGUGGCCAGACCAUGCCUGAGUCAAGAGUGCUCCGCCGAGAGAAUGGCCGAUACCAUCGUCGAUAUAAACUUAUCUCUGCCCAAAGGCAUCCGGGGCGCGGAGCCGCUGUACGCCCCGAACCCCGAAGCUUGUGUCCGCGCCUGCUGCUCGGGGGACAAGCUGUCAGGAGACAAGAAGUGUAAUUUGAUGAUUUUUGACAUUCAAAGGACAAGCACACAUCCGAACUGCUACCUGUUUUACUGCCCUAGCACAGAAGCUUGUCCAAUGAAACCCGCAAUGGGAUAUGCGAGCUACAAGAUAACUAGAGACACCCAUGCCCCAGAGGAUACAUCCUUCAAAAGUGAGGACUUUUCUUCAAAUGGCUAUUCCAUGUCUUCGGAUGCUGGAGCCUUUCUUUCUCCCAGUCAGACUAGCCGUCAGAAUCGUACCGCUGCUUUGCAACAAUCUGUCUUUCAUCAGGCAUCUGAACUCCUUAACCACGUGGUCGAGCAUUUAGACAACAUUGAAUUGCAUACAGUUUUUCGUGAAUCUCAGAAGGCAAAACAUCCUGAGAGCUUAGACCCCAUCCCAAGCCAGAAAGUAAUCAACCUGCCGCCAAAUACGACUUCUGCUGUUCGAAUUAGAAACCCCUCUGCUUCCUUCCCCACCACUCAGUCUAGCGCUCCUGAACCCAGCAGUACUACUCUGACUCCUCUGCCUACAAGUACCACCCGACCAGAAUCUCAAACAACCUCUCUGCAUCCUGCUGGUGCUAAACCUACUACCGUCACCACCACUACCACCACCACCACAGCUACCUUUCUGCCUGCUGCGACCACUAGCGCUAAACCUGGUGUUCCUGCCACCAGCAUCGCUGGUGCUCGUGUUCCUCUUUCCAGUCCUGCAACUUCUGCUUCUGUUUCUGCAACCGAGCGGGUAACCACAAAUUCCAGAUCUGCUUCCACCCCGUCAGGGCUAAGAACUCCAGCCACCCAUCCUGGGCCAACAGUUGUCUCUUCCAACGAUACCCGCCAUGUCACCCUCCUCUCUUUUUCGGGUUUCACUCUGCCUGCUAGUGAUUCCCCGACGUCUUUCCAAAACAACCCUCAGGGUUAUGACCCAUCUGAUUCAGAAAGCUACCUGCCAGAGAGUUUUCUGGGAGGGAAAGGUGUCGUUCAGCUGGGAGAAAAAAGCAGCCUUGUAGCGGCUUUGCUUUUUGGGGUGAUAUUCUUGUUGCUAGUUAUCACACUGACAGGCAAGAAAAUACACGAAUCUCUUCAGAAGAGGCAUUAUACCAGGCUGGAUUAUUUGAUCAAUGGAAUGUAUGCUGAUGUAUGAUGGGGACAGGGAAUAAGAUUGUGUGGAGCAUCUCCCGCCUUUGAGAGGACAACUCUGAAACGGAACAGUAGAUAUUGAAAUCUCAGAAGAGGAUGGAUUCCUUUUUUUUUUGCCACUAAUGGGAAAGCAGCAGAUGGCUUUGGUGGGGAAGAGAACUGCUGAGUACUGCUUUUUCUACUCUGAACUGUAAUAUCUGUCAUUUUUGAUUUAUUACUAAAUCUGGAAAAUAAACACUAAAAUCCAAGUUAAGCUAAGAAGAUCUUGUAUUUAAGGAGAAAAAGCACUUGAAAAGCUUAAUCUGUACUGUGACAAGAUUAGUGGAAUAGAAGUACACCUAAUAAAUUGACUACCUACGCAGCGCGUGAGUGUUUUCAAUGCUAUUUGCCCCCAAAUGCCAUAGUGUUACACGAUUGUCUGGCAAUCCUGUUUACUCUACCUGUAGCCUUAAAGGAGUACUUGGUAGUACAGUUUUGCGUUGACAUGGUUUUAUGUACAAACAGUAAAAAUUGUAGUACAUGUAAGAUAGUUGGCUUAACUUUCCUAAGCUACGUGUAUUUUACGGAUAUGUACCUUUAAUGCUCUUUUCUUCUGCUUAUUUUCUUCAUCACAAGCUAUCCUUAAAACCACAGGCUGCAAAUCUGAGUUUGCCUUUUCCAAAGAGCUCGCCACCUUGUAGCACGUUGUUUUUUUGCCAGACGUAUCAGAGAGAAAGAGUUUUUAUCAUAUCAAAGUAAAGCAAGCUGCAAUCAAGCUCUUUCAUGACAAACGGCAUGAUCGAGUGACUUGGCACACGCACAAGAGAGAAUCUGUUCCAAUACACCUAAAUCCCUAACAGUUGAGACUCAACACCUGAUCGCAGAGCAGGCAGAAACUUGCGAGGGGGCUUUAGCGAAGACAACAGCUGUAUUAUUGGCAGAAGACACACAGAAAGGUGCGGUCUCCAUUUGCUGAGCAUCUAAAGGGAGGUAAAACAGUUUUCAAGGAAAAUGGUGGCGAUGUUGUUGGAGGGUGCCAACUUCAGGGAAGUUUCCUACGGUCAGCAGGAGCAAUUGAACAAGUCUGCAUUAUCUUCAUGCUUCUGGUGUUCUCCUACUUUCCUCACCAGGCUGGUGGCUCUCGAAAGAGCUCCUUGCAAUGGUGUCGGACUUGUUGUCCCUCCUGAACACACAGAGCUCUUCCUGGCUCUCAGAGCACACUCUCUUCACUUCUAGGGUCACCUUCAUGUGACUGGUAAUAAGCAGAGCUGCUGCAUGUUUUUCCCCGACUCUGCCGUAAGAGAUGAGUGAGAGUAUGUGUGAGCAUCUGCUGCUCGCUACGCAACUUCCAGUUCGUAUUAUUCACAUUUCCCUUCACAUACACCCAGGUCUAAACCUGGUUUUGGAAUGAAAGACUAGAUUUCACAGUAUUGGUGUGGCAGGCAGCAUAAUCAACAACAAGCAUCAAGACACAGAAGGAAGGGUGCCUUGUGAAUACAAGUAAAUAAAUCUAUUACAAAAUAUGAAACGUGACUCACGUCCAAGAGGUUCUUAGAUCUGUCAAGCUUACUGUGGUGUGAAGCAGGCAAAAAUGGCCCCAAGGCAAGUUUUCUGAGAACUCUAACAAUAACUUUAUGCAGAAAAUUCUCUGAAAAUUCCAUUAUUCAAAGAUCAAAGAAAAGCCAGUGUUCCUUAUGUCAAGAAGUUGAAUUCUUACUAUGUGGGGGCCGCAAAUUGGUUUACAGAUACAAAACCAGCUGGUCUUCUGUGCUACUUAAGUCUGACAAUGCUUAAAUAAAAACCAUACUGUAUAACCUCUUAAAAGUGAACAAAAUUGCAACAGAAAAGUAUUUCGAGUUCAUCAGUUUGUCUAUUGACUGCGCUUUGUUUAACCUCAGUUUCUUUCCUUUUUUUUUUUUUUUUAAAUGGCUAUUUUCAAAGCUUUCUGGUCAAGGAACGUGAUGGGGGUGAACAAUAUUUCUGGGAAAUGAAUUAAUAAGAUGAUAAGUCCAGUUGUGGGCUGUAAAAAUGCAGGUGCAGAUCUGAGGUUGACCAUAAUUUUCUCUCAGAAGAACUACAACUUUGUGAGAAGCCUUCUGUGUUGCUGAUGCCAUCACGGCAGCUUAUUGCAUAAGAGGUGCUGAGAACAACCCCUGAACCCUCACUGUGUCUUUCUGCUGUAAUAACUAAUUUGUUGGAGGGAGAGAUGGUUGGUAUUAAUUGAUACAGGACAGUACAGUAGAGAUACGUUCAAGAGAAGGCAGGCAGACAUAUCUCAGGGUCGUUCAGAGCACUAGGCAGGUAUUUGGCUAACAUCACUAGAAACAUCGCCCUCCAACCCAAACGUCACUGCAUAUCAUGCACGGUGAAUGGCAGAAGUAAAGCAGCGAGGUGCAUAGGUACCAUGACAAAUUUGAUGUGGAUGCUGAGAUGAGCGGCCUUUCACAAUUUUUGAGGAAACCAAACAUCUUCAAAUGCUCUUACAUUAAAAAUCCUUUUUAAUGCUUGAGCAAAGAAAAGUAGGUAUUAGGCAGGUGCACUGAAACACUUACCGUUUUUUUUUCUGCCAUCCAUUUGUCUUGUUGGAUUAAGAACAAACGGGGAAUUGUUAGGUGACAAGUUUGUAUCUUUCUGGAGGGGUAUUUACAAGCUGUGUUUGAACACUAGAGGGCAACAACAGUUUAUUAAAUAGAAUUGACAAGUUUUGAGGAUGCCAAUUAAAAAAUGUUUUAAUUGGCUUGGAUUUUAACUUUCCAAUCAAUGGUUAUUUCAUUGCAAAAAAUUUUUAUAGGAAAGCUGCUUUGUUUAUUGGAAGGUUCUAGGUGGAGGAUUAUAUACGCACACUUUUAAAACUUCUUACUACAUCAUAUAGUGGUAGUGAACAGCUGUAGAAGGCAAUAAAACUAAGCAUAUUAUCUUUUCUAUUUUAAUACUAUUAAAUCAAAUGGCAUUAUUAGUCACGUAUUGGCAUUGACAGUUAACAGAGUGGGAGACAGAUUUCCCAUCAUCAUUCUUGCAACUAUGAUGCUUAAUAAUAUGCAUUUUUGGAGCUUAUUUAUUUGUCUGCUUAAUGCUCUUGUAUUAUGAAACAGAAAGGAGUGAGACAGAGUAACUGUAAAAAAUCCAUCCAGUUUGUUAUGCUGUUCAACACUGCUUAUGGAAAACCUAUGUGUGUUCUUCUAUUUUUCCAUUGACAUCUCCUAUGAUCUUAACCGUACACCAUACUCAUGUCACCGGAUCAUCAGCCAUCACAAUAUGAUGACAACCUGUGCAUUUGGGGUGGCUCUUUCUAAAGGUAACCAGUUACGUUAUGGCUCGAGGCCAAAAGCUGAUUGAUUUUAAUCACCUGGAGAGUGUAAUAAAUGCUGUAGUUGCUUGCUUUCAUGUUGUUGCUUUAUGGCGCUGAGCAAACAUAAGGUGUGUAAACAUAGACUAUCAUGAACAAAACUGUUUUGUGGUAUUGUACAGUAGGGCAAAUAGAAAGCAAGGGCAAAGAAGGGCAAGAAAGGGCAAAUUUUAUAAGCACACCAAACAAUCGUAAGGGAAUAAAUUGCAUAUCUAUUUGAGAUGGAUGAGAAAAGUGUGUAGUACCUGCCUCAGAGGGCUGCAAACUCAGUAUGGCAUGUUGUCUUCAAAUAGCGCUUCAGCGUAUUGUAAUUCCUGUAAGAGUAGGAAAUGCUUAUACUCGGCAUUCUUUCAAGUGAAUUACUAACCAACUAACAAAAACAAAGAACCAAAAAAGAAUUACAUAAGAAGACAGUUUGAAAACGGGAACAUAUUUCCCUUCCUUCUACAAAACCAUCUUAGUGGCUUGGAAUCUGGUGACACCGUUAGAUAUUGCUUUCAUCCCACCACCCCACACUCCAUGCUGAUACAAACAUAGAGUUUAAAGUGCCAUUAUUGCACCUAAGAGUUUCCACCCAGUACCCCUUCAUACAGAGAAGCUGCACUUUGUGCUCUGUCACACUCCUGAAAUUGGGCUGGACUGCCGGACCCUUCCUACGUAUUGCUUAUUCUCUCACAUAUAGGUAAUAUACGUCUCUACCUCCCUGUUCAUGUGCAAUUAUGGGAUAGCUGCAUCCCCUCAUCAUUCAAAAGCCUUGCACGUCCCUUCAGGAGUGUACAUGGUAUUCCCAGAUGCUAUACCAGCCUCUUGAUGGGUACGUCCCCUGAAGGAUUGGGAUAUACUGAAAAUUUUUCUUCAUCUUUGGUAAGCCUACGCUUGCUCUUAAUCUCACGGUCUAAAUUUGCUUUUUUCUCCUAGGUCUCUGCAUUUCUUGAAGAUACCAAAGUGCAAAGCCCAAAACUGCUGCUCUUUGUCCCCUUUGUGCUUGGUAGAUAUUAUAAACAAUGAAUA